UACUUCUGUAUGGAUGUUAAGGCAGAGCUAUUUGCUGCCUGUUUUCUAAGGCUGGUCCUUUAUGGCUCCUGAUGGAGAACGGUGGGUUCUGGCAGGGUUGCUGUCUCCCCAGGUGCGGGGGGGAGAGAGCCUUCCCCAUGCAGGAGGGGAAAGGCAGAGCUUUCUUACACGGUGCUGCUUGGUGGCCCUUUCCUGUGCUGUGUGGCUCUUGCUGCUGUAAAGUCCUUUCAGUAUGUAUUUUUUGUGGAUUUGAGUGGGACGGUGCUGAGCCCUGUCUGGGAAACACAAAGAGCUGACAGGAAAACAGUGCACCUAACAUCAGGAGUCUGUGAAGACUUGAAAGAGCUCUAGACAGACAUAUUUUGCAUUUGACUCUGGACUGUAGCCUUUGAGGCCAAACUCAGUCUUUAGUGUUAAGUGGCUGCUAAGUGUUUCUCUUCUUGUCCUAAUGCUAACUGACUGCUGGGAGAAGGGUGCAUAUUCCAGCAGGGCUGCAGGAGGGCGGAUAUGAUAAACGGGAAGACAGAAGAGCGUCCUCUUUAGUUCAGGAGCACAGCUUUGUGACCAGAUACUUCAAUCCACAAGAGGAAAAGCCUUGUGUUAAACUCAUAAUGUACAACUUUUCAUUUACAUGAGCCACUUUCACACGUUCCCUUCCAGCGCAGACCCCUCACUGCCAAAAUGCAGCCUCCUUGGAGUGGGCAGAGGCAUGUGGCCAGUCCCAGCAGCACACUGUGCCUGGGUCCGGGGAUCCUGUGGUGAAUUAGCGUUGAGCUGCUACCAAGAGGCCCUCUCCAACCGUUUUGUUUUGCCAAAUGUGAUUUUUGCUUUUUGAGAGCACAGGGCAGGUUUGAGGGUGAUACAGUUUGGGGCUCAGCAUGGGGUUUUCAUCCCUACUGAGGUCUGCCUUCUGCAUGUUCCCAGGGCAGGAACAUCUGCAGGGCAGUCAGUGCACAUGGAACAUGCCUGAAGACACCAGACAACUUUUCCCAGAUUAAAAGCUAUCAAAAUCCAACCAUAAAGAGAAGGGGAAAACGUGCCAUUUCCCACCAUCAGAAGAAAAUGCUGUGUUGUGUGAGCUGCUGUAAGGAACUGGCCCCAGCCAUUGCUGCAGAUCCUUCCUCUCUUUGUCCCUUUGGACAUCAAAGGAUCGCAAGGGGACAGCCCUGGCCAGAAGCUCCUCCCUGCUCAUUAGCCUCCAUAAAACAGGAACUCACCUUGGCUAGCUGUGCUUGGAGUCCCAUCCUCAUCCUGGUCAUUCUUGACACUGGAUCUCAGAAGGAAGGGCUUUUGCUUGCUUCAGGAAAUCAGACCUGCUUUUGAACUGGACUAUUUUGGCAUCCCUUGUAAGAACUUUGGUGGCUCUCCUGACCGUGCAAGCUCCUAGACGCCACAGUACAUGGCAAAAUGCAAGCUUUACCAGACAUGAAAGUGCCAUGUGAGGCCCUUCCUUCCCCCAGCCUGGAGCACUACCCACAGAGCUCCAUUACGGUCACCCUUGAGGACAUGGAUCUCUGGAUGAAGUUUCAUCAGAUAGGAACUGAGAUGAUCAUCACCAAAUCGGGCAGACGAAUGUUUCCACAGUGCAAAAUCAAAGUCUCUGGCUUAAUCCCUUAUGCCAAGUACCUCAUGCUGGUAGAUUUUGUUCCAAUGGACAACUUCAGGUACAAGUGGAAUAAAGAUCAGUGGGAAGUUGCUGGAAAAGCAGAGCCCCAGCUCCCUUGUCGCACCUACGUCCACCCAGAUUCCCCAGCUCCUGGCAGCCACUGGAUGAAAGAACCUGUCUCCUUCCAAAAACUGAAGCUCACCAACAACACUCUGGAUCAACAUGGGCACAUCAUCCUGCACUCCAUGCACCGUUACAAGCCUCGCUUCCACAUUGUGCAGGCAGAUGACCUCUUCAGUGUCCGCUGGAGCAUCUUCCAGGUCUUCAGCUUCCCUGAGACUGUCUUCACUUCUGUUACUGCCUACCAAAAUGAGCAGAUUACAAAGCUCAAGAUUGACAACAACCCAUUUGCUAAAGGUUUCCGUGAGCAUGGGAAGAACACGCGAAGGGAAGGACGAGCCAAAUGCCAGAAGCCUAGUCCAGCCAAGGGCCAGAAGAGGAAGCUACCUGAGGAAAAGGAGUCUGGUGCAGAGGAACGUGAUUUUGAGAAAGAUGAGAAUGUGGAUGUGAAGGAAGAGAGUAACCCUGUGGUGGUCAGCAGUGGAUACCCCUUCUGGGUCUCAGAGCAGAACAGCAGCCAGGCCUUUCCUGCAGCAUCCCCCGGGCCCGCUGACCAGAGGGAGGGUCUGGCCAGAGAGCAGCAAGUGCCUACGCCAUCCUACCAAACAUAUCGGUUCCAUGAAGCUGGGGACAGCCAGCAGCUUCCCACCCGCGAUGCCACAACCUUGAACGACUUCCGGGCAAGGUGCCAUGCCUUGGAUCUCUCCACAGUGCCUGAGCACGACUCCAAACAGCUCCCAGAGGGCUUCACCAACCUGCCUCCUCUCCCCCCGCCUCUGCCUCCUCCCCAGGACUACACAGGAGUGGUGAACAUGGCUCUAGACUCUGUCGGGAAACCCGGGGCCCGAGCGCCCAUGUACAGUCCCUAUGGCACCGAGCAAGGCCUUGGCCAGUGGAUGGUGCCUUCCCACAGCCAGUACAGGGCAAUGAGCUACUCGGCCUUCUCCACAGAGUACAAUACACAGGGGGCUCCUGGACAUGCCCAUGGGACCAUGGCAGAGUGGAGCCAGUACCCUCUGUUCCCCUAUGCCUGCUGGUGAACUGGGAGGACCCUUCCCAAUGAAAAAACUGAAAGAAAACUGUAAAUGAGAUCAAAUCUGCUCUGGGGUGUUGACCUUUUGAAGCCUUUCGUACACAAGGCAAAGAGGUAUUGCUGCAAGCAGUAGCAUGGGACACCUUCACUUCCUUAUUGCCUUGCACAACAACCCUCGCUAUGUUUCACAAGCAACAGCAAAACUGGUGACUGCCUGGCCAUGGCACUGUGGGUCUGGCUGAAUAAAUGUGUUCUGCAAUGUUGGGGUGUUUUUCAGCAGGAGUAGGAAACUGCAGGAGCUCCAGAGCAAUACUUAAAGAGCUGAUGAGCUCUCAGACCCAGCCUGUUUGCGUCUCACGUUUGGCUGUUUCCAAAAAUCUCUUCCUCCCAGGACUUGCAUGCAAGGAGAUAGAGGCUGAAGAGUUUCAAUAAACUGUCCAGGUGGCCAAAAAGCUGUAGAGAAUUAUUGCAGAGAUGAACCAAGCAAUCCUGGUGUCCCCUUGAGCAGUUUCCUCACUUAGUGUAGUCAAACUAAAGUUAGAGUCUUGCCUUUCUUCCAGCAGCAUACAAGAGUAAUGCACAGCAACACCUGUGUGUCUGGAGUGCAGGAGUGGCUCCUGCAGGCAGGGAAGAGUUUGUCCCGUUCAGGAGAAGCAGCAGCAAGGCUGUGUGUUGUGUCUGCAUGUCCCCUGUGCCCUCUUCUGUCACCCCUAGAUUCGAGGUUAGUGAAACACUUUUCUUUCUGCUGGUGGUGGAGGGAGGUUGUUCAGGGUGUGUGGGGCUGCUCUGGGGGGUUACAAAGGCCUGUGCUGGUCAGAAACAGGGCCACAAACAGCACUGCUGGCUGUGCCUCUCAAUCUCUUCCUUUCAAGGGAAAGGAAAUCUUUCACUAUGACCUUUUCAUCCUGCUUCCACCCCUUGCAGCCCCACGAGAAUAUAAUUUAUAGUUGUUGUUAUUGUGCUACACUCUGAGCGAGCUUUGUCGACAGGCAGUUCUCACCAGCCUGGCAUUGCUCAUCAGGAAUAUACUUCAGUUAAUACCCUGUAGGCACUGAGCUGUGUGCUGCACUGCUGGUCAGCAAAGUCAUCUUUUGCUGUCUGGGGGUCUGUAGGGAUCUGCUUCCAGGUUCAGUUAUAAGAGGAGUUUCAGCUCCCUCACCUCUGUGGCCCCAUCGUGGGGAGGAGCUGUUCUGCCACUGAGCAGCCUGUAUGCUGCCUUGCAAAGAGGAUUUCUUUUCAUCAUGUUAGAAGGGGGGAGCAUCCCUCUUUGCCCAAGUGGCAGAAUGGCCCUGGCAAUGGGGUCUUGUAUGAGACAGGCUCUUCCUCUUUGCUUCUCAGGGAGAACAGACACGUUCCUAGGUGUUAUUUAGGGAAUGUUUUCUUGUAACACUUUAAAUAAACUGCUCUGUGGCCUGUAGCCAUCAGUAGGCAAUGAAGUGUGUCAUUUAUUGUGUAUGCCAGAUGGUUUUCCCUCUGUAUGUGCAGCAAGAUGUGGUCUAUGAGCAGUCCUGCUUGGGUUUGUGGCCA